CGAAAUUUUUAUCACAGACAGGAAAGUUAGUCCAUCGAAAAGUACGUAUUUAUAAAACGCUAUUUUUUGUUUAAUUUCUCCGACGCAAUAGCCAGGUUUUAAUACCUACCUCAACACCGAGUAAGAAAAGAAGUACAAUGCGCCAAGCGGAAAUACAACGAAUAUAAGCGCAAGAAUUGUUAAUUAGGCGCAUAAAUCACAGCGCAUAUACAAACGGCUUUCAAUAUUUGUGGAAAAACAUGGAUCUUCCUCCGCCUUGCGUGCCAACUCCACCAGGAUUAUCGACGAUCUAUUCAGCUUUACGCAAAGCGUACCCAGAACAAACAAAUCCACUUCAAGUGACAGCACUUGUAAAAUAUUGGUUAGGUGGUCCAGAUCCACUAGACUUUAUAAGCAUGUUUUCAAAUCCUGGGGAUCCCCUUCAUGGUAUACCACCACACUGGCAUUACAUCAGUUCUGGUCUUUCUGAUCUCCAUGGUGAUGGUCGAGUACAUGAUUUCCAUGGCCCACAUGGUUUGAGCGGUUAUGGCUUUGAAUUGACAUUUCGACUGAAAAAAGUACCUGGACAAAUGAUGCCUCCAUCAUGGCCGGCAGAGCUUAUGCAAGAACUGGCGAAAUAUGUUUUCCGAACAGAUAACAAUUUACAAGUAGGCGAUCAUGUUUCGUGGAACAUUCCGUUGGAUCGCACGCACUCGCGAUCUCAAACGACCAACAACUCCCACAUACGACAUAUACUCUUGGCCGAAGAUCCUCAGCUUACAAAAACGCAAUCAAGUUUGGGAACGCUACAAUUCGUACAGAUGGUUGGGGUAUGUGACGAUGAACUGUGCGCUGCCCAACAGUGGAAUGGAUUUUCUACUCUAGAUUUGUUACGACGCAUACCAUACGCAGGUGGUCCAUGGUUAAUAACAGACAUGGAAAGGAUUGAGAGCGUGUUUGAACUCGAACCAUCUCUACAAGAAGAGGUAACGCGAGGACUUGAACGUGAAGGAUCAACGUUGAGUGGCGUGAACGCGAAAUGCUAUUGGGAAGAGCUUAAAGAUAAUAGAAACAAUUCAAACGACUCAGGUUACAACGUUUCAUCAAGCAUCAUUCAAGCACCGCGCAUGACGGAUGCAACGCGAAAUCAUCACUUCAAUAAAUUCGCCAUCCUCCCGCCCAUUGACGCCACAAGUACAUUUCCCAAACAGCAUUAUAAAUCCGAAGCGCCUUUAGAGCGCAGCUCUGCUUGUAGUUCAGCGACAAGCGAGAUCAGUAGAACGCGAUCAUGUCGUGGUGUGUGUGUAAGGUUGAACAUUGAAGCCGCUACCCUAUUACCGCUGGCCUUCAGGGGACGCUUGCGACAUGGUAGACAUUUUACAUUUCAAAGUUCAAGUACAGAUAUCGCAAUUACUCUUGUUUCGGGAUCCGUAACCGGAUCAAUUGCAAACAAGGAUCAUCCCUACUCAGCAUGUGGAAACUGGUUACAGCUUUUUGUUGGGGAUGAACUUAUCGGAAAGCUUGAAAAAGAUCUAGACGAGCUCGCCAAUCCAGUAGAGGUAACUCUCCCGAAGGAGUACGGUUGGCCUGAAGCAAAUCUUAAAAUUGUGGUCUUGCCGGAUGAAUAAACGUUUUACUAGAUUUUAGAGAUUAGACAGAGCAAUAUACGUAGCUCUGGAGAGUAUGGAUGAAAACCGAUGUUGCCUCUCGAAACAAUGAAAACAAAACGGACUCAGAGUUGCGUGAACAUCAGCCAACGAACCGAAAUCAUCUGUACAUCGCAGAACUAGUCUGGAAAUUGAAAAUUCUCAAUACUAACUUAAAAAUACAGUAAGGUAAAUAUCGUUGUACAAAGGCGAUUGUUAAAGAAUGAAAUGCCAAGAUAUCGGGGGCAAAGAAAGAUACGUUCUACCUUUCAAUCAAGCGCAUCAAAACAAGCGCAUAUAGCGCGGCAUUUAUGAUUGCGCAACGAAGUGUAUCAAUGUCAUGUGCAGUGUAACAAAUUAAACGAAAGAAGACACCAGAACUGGGCCAUGCUGUUUUCAUCGUUAGGCAAUUUCGAUAGCGAUUUCACAAACUCGUGCAUUUCAACGAUUUAUUUCAUUGAGAUCAUAUUUCAGAUCAUACUAUAUUUGUCCAAUAAAAUUCUAUAGUUUUUCCUGAGAAUUCUAUAUUAAUAAUCAAAAAUUAACAAAAGCAUC